UCAUUAGUUAUAUUUAAAGUAUAGAAAUGCAUUUGACAAAUUAAAUAUUAGUUCAAAAUGAUUCAAACUUCUGUGAUAUUUAAUAUUAUAGUUGGAUUGAAAUAAUUAAUUAUUAAUUUGACAAUUUAAUUUAUCUUUUGUUUUCUAACCUAAAAGAAGUUGACAAAAUCGGAUUACAUUGGGACGUGUGUUGCUUAACAUCUUGUACAAGUGCAGCUGAUUUGGCAUUUGUUAAAAAAAAAAGGUUAAUGUUAGUUGAUUUCAAUAAAUGAAUCGUUUAUUGUGAAAGUGAUAAUAAUAACCAAUUAUAUUGGCAUACCAAAUUAAAUAUAAAUUUUUAUCGAAGAGGAAUUUAAAGAUUUAACAAAACUAUGUUAUAUACUUCAUAUUCCUUAUCACAAUGUUCAAAUUGGAAUCCUAUAUAACACCUAUAAUUCUCAGCUAUGUUGAGAAGUAUGUUAAAAAUUUUAAACCGGAACAAUCGCAGGUAUCCUUAUGGGGUGGCGAUGCAUCUUUUCAAAAUUUGGAUUUACGAUUAGAAGUAUUAGAGGAACAAUUAAAUUUACCAUUUAAAUUUGUCAGUGGUCAUAUACAUGAAUUAUUAAUACACGUUCCAUGGGUAAAAAUUAAUUCAGAACCAAUAGUGGUAACGAUUAACACAAUAGAAUGUAUAUUAAAAUUAAAAGAUGAAAAAAGCACAGAAAUCAGAAAACCUACCAUGCAAAAGAAAAAAGAAAUGGUUCAAGAAGUAGCACCGCCUGGAUAUAUCAAAAGUAUUAUUACAAAAAUUGUUAACAACAUAACAAUUCAUUGUAACAAUUUAAUAUUAAAAUAUGUAGAAGAAGAUAUCGUGCUGAGUGUAAAUGUUAGGUUUUUAAGUGUUCAAACUGUUGACGAUAAAUGGAAACCUGCAUUUACUGAUGUUAAUAUUUUUGAAGUUAUGCUCAGAAAAGUUAUUACCAUUCAAGAUUUAACUUUAUGCUUAGAUAAAAUGGAUGCUUCUGGAAAAAUAGAAAUUUAUCAGGAUCCUGUUUUAUAUCGAUGUUCCUUGGCCAUACGUUUAAUCGUAAAUUAUCAUAGUAAUACUGCUAAAAGGGCAUCUGUUACACGUUUAGAUCUUCACUGUGAGAAAAUGGAAUUUAGUAUGACUGAACAACAAAUACCAAUGUUACUUAGAUUAGCAUCAUUAUUAGUGGCUUUACAAACAAAACAAUUUCCAAUUGGUAAAGAAAAAUCACUAAAUUCUGAGACUGGAGAAGAAACAGGCCAAGAUGAAAUUAGUCAAAUAAUUGGAACAAUCACUGAAGCAGUUGGUUGGGGUGGUUGGGCUUGGAAUGUAGCCUCUACAGUUUUACCAAUUGAUUGGGUUACAUCUGGUUUUGCUGAUUGGGAUAAUGAUUGGUCUAGUCAACAACAAAUGGCAUAUUCUGGGCACACUAUUCAUUUAGGCAUUUAUAUCGAUGAUACUAUUUUAACUUUUAAGGUUGUUGAAAGUGUGAAAGAACAAUUGUUUUACAAGUCACGAAAGCUUAGAUACAAAUCGUUUUUAUCAUUACGAUUGAAUGGAGUUUUAGUGGAUGUAAUACUGCAAGGUAUUGAAAUGACUAAUGUUCAAAUUGGUUUGGCUAACAUACGCCUUUAUCCCAGAGGAACUUGCAGUUGUGGACACCUUGAAGUUGUUGAUGGUGCACAGCCACCUCUUUAUUUAACAGCAGGAAAAGUCAAUAGAAAUUAUUUAAAAGAUUCAUUAUUUGAUAAUGAUGCUUUAGAAAAUAAUGGAAAGAAAAGGGCUUAUAAAGAAGGGAUAAAUUAUCAUUUAGUAACUGUUUCAGUGGAAAAUUUAUUGAAAAGGAGUCCAGCUUUUGUAAUGGAUUAUGUUCAUUGUGUACAACUUCCAGAUGACAUAACAACUGAAAAGUUAGCAGAACUUGGUUCCAAUUUUGAAUAUAGUAACUUUCAGGAGCAAAGAGUGAUUAGAUAUAUUAUUGGAGAUAUAACGAUCAGAUUGUGUUCAGGAAUUUUCCAUCGUAUAGAGACAAUAAAACAAGCUGCUUCGCAAUAUGAUUAUACACCAUAUAUUAUACCAAAACCUGAUCCUUCUGCUGAAGAACUUCCUCCAGUUACAUUAGAAGAAUUUGAAGCUUUGAGAGAAAAUGUAUCAAUGGUUAAAACUUAUUUGUUUAUUAUAAAAGCUUCUUUACAAUUACAAUUAGCUGAUCAUUGCAUUACUGGAUUACCACGUCAGCGUAAAAUAGUUGAAAAUAGGACUGUACCUUUAACACCAGCUUUUACAAAUGAUCCUUUUGUAAGCAUUGAAUUUGACAAAGCAACUGCACAUAUGAUUCAACCUUUGUAUCCAUUUAGACUUACUGCUUGUGCUUCCAAACAAACUGGAUUAUUACCAGAAAUGUUUGAACAAUGUCAUCAAAUUAUUAAAAUGCAGGUUUAUGGAAUAAAGAGUCAAUUAUAUUUGACAACAAAUUGUCAUACAUCAUUAAUGAUGCCAUGCUUUGUAAAAUGUUCUCUUAAAAAAUUACUUUAUCCACAAUAUUGGACUCAUCUAGAUUUAAUUUGUGAAACAUACACGUUUCAUACUGAUAGUAUUACUAUUACGGGAACUAAACCAAAAUUGAUGGUUGCCACUUCUAUAAUAACAUCAUUGCUUGAUUCCACUGAAACAACAAAUCCUCUUGUUUGUUCUUCUCUCUUUAGUGAUGCAUGCCAAGACAAAAAUCCAAUUUAUUUAGAAUUACUCUUGGAAAAUAUCAAUUACAAAAGGCUUUCAACAUUUAUGAUGAAUGUUAAUGAAAUAAGUGUAAAUUCUCUGAAGAUUUUUACACUUAGCGAUACCCAGCAAGCAUUUAUACUCUCAGGUCCAGAAUAUGAUGUUAACAGCGAAACGGAAAACAAACCUCUUUUAAUUGCUGUAAUACAGUUUCCUAAAAAGGCUCCAGUAGAAACGUAUCCAACACUUAUCUCACUUCAAGUAGCAGAAUUAAGAGGUUCCUUAGAUCCACUCUUUUUGAAAUGGUUGGAAUAUCAAGUUACUUAUUACGAAUUGGGACCAUUAUGUACAAUGCGUCAAGACAGCCAAUUAUCUGCUGAGGGUGCAUCGUCUGACACCAGUACAAGAAAAAAAACAUUUCCAAGCUUGCAUGAAAGUGUUCACAGUUCUUCUGACAAGGAUAGAAAAAGAUCUUCUACGAUAGUUGAAAAACCAAAAAUGCUUCAAAAUGAGGAAACUCAAAAAAAGAAUGAAUCUAAAAUUGAUACAGAACAGAAGAACUUGCAGAAAUCAGGAGUAUUGGUCAGAUUAGCCGAACUCUAUUCAUGGUGGUCUGGUCUUGUUUUAAGUGGAUGUAUUGGUCAUAUUGUUAUCUAUAUACCAUCGACUACAAUGAGCGGUAUAGGAGCACAUGGUAUAGAACAAGCCAAAAAUCGAGCAUUAGAAGAAGAUCAACAUCUACAGAUAUUAAGUUUAAAACUACCAAGUAUUCAGAUUCAUUCAAGUAAUAUUAAUUCCGAACAAUUAUCACCUUAUCUUAAAACAUUCCCAGUAAAGUUGCCUAAAUCAAUGUGGACAUAUCGUGUACAAAGUUUUCCUUGGACAUUAAGUCUUUCCGAAUUUCACUGUUAUACAUUACAAGGAGAUAUACAACAAAAUUUUAUUAAAAAAAUGUCAUUAAAUGCAACUUUAGCUCUUACUACGAAAACUACUACAUCCCAAGCUUCAAAUAUUCUUACUGCAUUGAGUGUUUGUGUUCAUAUUGAUAAUUCAGCUAUUAUCAUUUCCAUUUCAGAAGAACAGGUUGUGUUCAUGAGCAGUAUAAUACAAAAAAUUGUGAAUAUUUUACUAAUAACAAAUAAUUUUAAAGAAAGUAACACUGUCGUACCUCAUAUCAUUAACGAGAAUGUAGUCGUUUUUCCAGCCAUACCACAAACCCCUUCUACACCUACACAAAUUAUAUAUCCAGAAGAUACAACUACAAACUCAACGAUAUCUACAUCAAGAGAUGAUACCAUUACAGAGAAAGAUAAUGUGACAUUAACCGCAUGGAUUCAAUGGACAAUAACAAAAAUAGCUAUUAAAUUAUAUGUCACGGGACAAGAAAUAAAACCAUCUUUGAAAUUAGUCAUGGAAAUGGAAGAUAUUAUUACUUCAUUAGAUUUACAACCGGUUUAUUUAAAAUUAAAAAAUAAAAUCACAACAGUUACGAUAUUUCAUUAUACAAGAGCACCUUAUGCACAAAAUUGGGACGUUGGAGAAUAUGUCGGUAUAAUUUUAUGUGGCAGAGAAGAUAAUUUAGAAAAGGGAGAUGAUUCUGGUUUCUUAAGUUUUACUUUAACACGAGCACAAUCGGGUAAUGUUCAUAAUCGUUGGGGUACUUACAAACGCUACAAAAAUAAUAAGAAAGAUGUUAUAACAGAAGCAUUAGUAUCAACAAAUGCAUACAUCUCUGAAAUAGAUAUAAAAAUACAAAUGGUUGAUAUUAUUUUACCUUUAAGUAUACUUAGCAAAUAUAUGCAAUUGGCAAAACCUCUUAUUCAUUUAAAUAAAAAAUAUCCAAAAGUAACAAAAAGCAAUCAAGAAGGAAUCAUCACAUCAACAUUAGCAAAGAUUACAAGUAUUAAUAAUGAAUUUUUACCAUUGAUACAUUUAGAAUUUAAAGGAUUAAGACUUAUGAUACCAGUAUCUACACCUGCUAGACAUCGAUUACAACAUGAUUUAUUAAUUUUACAGCUUGAUGGUAUUCGUAUUACACCGCAUGCAGAAAAUCCAAUUUGUAGAACACCAUUACGAUCAGAUAUAUAUCAACUUGCAGCACAAGCAAAUAUAUUAAAUAUGCCAGGUUCUGCAGUGGAAGAUCGUCAAUAUCAAAUUAAUGUGAAGGGUAUAUGUGUAUAUAGCACUACAUGGAAAAAUUAUCAAAUGAGUAUUAAUAAGCGUAUGUCUCAAUCUUAUCUUUAUACAAUGAAUGAGAAUCCUGCUUUAGAAUGGAACAAACUUGGAAAUGGGAACAGUUUGGAACCACAUUUCUCAACUUUUCCUGUACUAGCUAAGUUUGAUCUCUGUUUGAUUAUUGCUCCAACGAUCAAACUUAAACCUGAUACAAUAGUUUGUGGAAGUGCUGUAGAAAUAAAUUGUAUCACGGAUAUUGAAAUAACAGUUAAUUUAGAUCAACUGAAAUUAAUUUCCAUUUUAUCUAACGAAUGUAACAUGUUACUAUCGGGAGACGUACAGGAGAUAGAAAUAACAGAUGUUUCUUAUGAUAAAAAUGACAAAAGUUCACCAAUACCAAAACAAGUUACUUGGAUAAAACAAAUGUCUGAGGAACAAGAAAUAGAUGUUACAAAGGACAGUGGUAUUGACUUUGAAAUGUCUAGCAUAAAUUCAACGAUUGUUGAGAAAUCACAAUUCUCAGAAGUGUUGAUACUUCCACCAUGUGAAUUUUUAAUAAAUUGUGGAAAAAUUACUUUUAUAUCUUACGAAACACAAAAGAUACAUGUUAAUUCUGAAUAUGAAGUAGAAAUGAAUGAUGCGGAUGAAGAUGAUACCGGUAAUUUAAAACAACCAUUACUUUAUUUAAUGAUUAAUCAACCAAAUCUUUAUCUUUGGCAACAAAAUUUAUCACAAAAGAUGCAAAUUUCUUGUUUUGAUAUGACAAUAGCAUUAGGUGCAAAAGAUGCACAAGAUUUAAGAUCAAUACCAAGUGAAAAAGAUUUUACUAUUUUUAUAAUACAAACGAAAAAUGGCGAACCACAUCCGGACACUGGUAUUCCACCAUCAUUUGUAACAGUAAAAUGUGAAAAAUAUCCUGGAAAAAAUACUCAUUUCUUUAUGGACAUGGGUCGACCUACAAAAAUUCAUUUUUCAUUGUCAAGGCUAAAUCAAAUAUAUGACAUAAACAGUAAGAUUAUGUCGUGUUUUAUUGAUGAGAAUAAUACGAAAUCAUCUAUGAAAGAUGCAGAUGAUAAUAAAACUAUGAACGAUCAAUUGCCAUUUAAAUGUAAAAAGAUGUAUUUACCAGAUUUAAAUUUAAGUACGAAACAAAUUGUACUCUCUUUGAAAACUAGCUCUGAUUCGGAAAUAAUUAUUAGUUUGGCAACAUUAAAUGGAAAUAUUUCAACGUUAUUAAGACCAGAUAGAAUAUUCUCAAAUAUAUCUGUCGAGUCUUUCAUUAUAUCUGCCAUUCUUAAUGGAAAUAUGAAAGUUUUAUUAAAACCAUGGUGUUAUAACAUAACUGUUUGUCUUCUUUGGGAAUCUUGGCAAGAUGUUGAAGCUCUACCUCAAAUACAAAUACAAGCAGACAGUGACAGUAUUUAUCUUGAUAUUGGGCCAGAUCAAAUUCAAAUUAUGAAAACAGUGGUAGAAGAUUGUCAGCUACUUUUAAGUCAUUUUCAAACAUCUAAUGUUAAGGAUAACAGUCGUGAAAUGCAAGUUGUGUUAUCAACUGAACAACAUUACAAGGAUGAUUUAAAAGCUGGUGCAUUCCAGUUUAUAGAUGGUACAGGAGAUGAAUUACCUUUCCCAUAUCAGGUCAUAUUUUUUACUUAUCCUCAACAAGCAAUGGCUUGGAGGUAUCCUCAACCUAGAACUUUAACAAAAAUACAUGUCUCUCCCGUACCAUUUGAAACAUCAGACAAUGAAGGAUUUUAUACAGAUAGAAUAUCCUGUGUUUUACAAUACUGGAGUGACAGUCAUAUGGCUUAUCAACAUUAUGCUGACUUUUAUUUAUCAGAAACUGAUACUUAUCGAUUGGAUCUUCCUGAAAAAGCACCAACACGAGUAGUGGCAUGUGUUUGGCGUGUAAUAUUAAUGAUGCCUGUUAAUAAUUCUGUUUCAAAAACUCUUGUAUCUGCUAGAGCAUUGGCAGCCUGUUUACGCAUUGAUUCUUAUUUUAAUUCAUCGAUAAUACCAAAUCUACAAGCUGCUUUAAACAUUGGUAUUAUUCAUGUGUCACUGUACAAUCAUAUAGAUUCAUCUACUUAUGAUUCUUUACUUCCUCCUUUGCAUAAUUUUACGGUGAAAGGCACUAUUCCUGAAAUGCAAUGUUUCAUGUCGAUAGAACACAAAGGUGCCAUACUUGUUUUUAAUAGAUGGACAGAUGGCUCUACACUUGUCGAUAUUAAUGGUGUUAUUAGUAUUCAUAUAUUGGAUUAUAGUUAUUUAAUUAUGCAAGAAGUAUUGGAUCCAUUAGAUGGAAAAUUUCAAAUUUCUUUAUCAGAUAAAAUUGAUAUUUCUGUAAUGUGUAAACCUUUCUCGUUAAAACUUAGUCCAACAAUAACACACACUCUUUCUGUAUCUUCUUAUUUAUGGUCUGCAUCGUUAAAUACAGAAAACAAAGGUGUCAUUAUAUUAACGAGAUAUGUUAUAGCCAAUGAUUGCAAUAUUCCAAUUCGUUUUGGACAAAGUGGUACAGAUGAUAACGUAUUAUUAAAUACCAGAGAAUGCAAUUUUUAUUCAUGGAGACACAUUGGCAAUAAUAUGAUACGAAUAUCGAUAGAAGCUAAUGCUUGGAUGUGGAGUCGACCAUUUCCAGUAAAUACGGAUGGAACACAUUUGGUAGAAUUUGCAAAUCCAUUGGUUGAUAUUACCAUAUUUGUAAAUAUUACAUCAUUGUCAGCUACGCAAAAACUUGUUACUUUUACUGGACAAUUUAUAGUGUCAAGUCAAUUAAUAGAUAAUUUUGAAAUGAAAUUAGUUAAAUAUGAAGCUGAUACUGGUACCAAAGUAACCGUAUCAAAAAAUGUUUAUAUGUUACUUGGAAAAAGUCAACCAUCGACUAUUGUUAUUGAAAAUAACAGAAAAAUGGCAAUGCGUUUACGUUUUACGAAUAUACCAAAUUUAUCAUGGACAGGAGAUAUACCUCUUCAGCCGAAUGCUAAAUUGAGUCAACCUUGGCUCGUAAAAGUGCCUUUACAAGAGCGUGGUCAAUUUUUUAGUAUUUGGGUGCGAAUAAUAACACAAAUUGUUCAAGAAAAAACUAAGAUACUUGCCGUAUUGAGUCCACUUUAUAUGAUACGAUCGCAUUUACCAGUACCAGCUAAAGUACAAAUGGAAACACCAUCGUUAAAAAUGUUAUCAAGUACAAUAGUGAAUGGACGUGGUGAACGUCAGCAAUUGUAUUGUCCUGGUACAUUCGAACACUUCCAUCAAUUAACAUUCCAAUUAGAAUCUGGAAUUUGUGCAUCUAAUCCAUACGUACCAUUAUCGUACAGUUCAGUUGAUCAAAGAAAAUUUUUUAGAAGACCUGAAGUAGAAGAUAUAGAUAAUAUUUUGAAAGAAUUAGAAAGUCAAAAGGAUGAAAUAGGAUGGCCUUUUCAAGCGGACGAUACAGCAGACUGGAUACCUGCUGAACAACCACAAACUCACGUUCAAGUUAAAUAUCAAGAUGCUGGAUUAGUAUCAAGUACACUUUUGUUGGAAUUACAACCAUGGUGUUUCAUAUUAAAUUCUUUAGGAUGUUAUAUUUCUCUUGUCUCUGAAGAUAUCGAACUUUGUCAAGUUCCUCAUUAUGGAAUUGUAACACCACCAAAAUUAGAAGGUGUAUUUCAUUUAGGUGUUGGUAUUGGUGAUACUUAUUAUACUUCGCCAGCUCUUCAAUUAGCCAGACCAGAUUGGAGUCAAAGUUUUUAUAUGCCUCGUAUAGGAGGAUUAAUUCCUGUUGAAGGCAACAUCAAAACUAUUGUUGAUUGCGUAUCUAGCGUGACUAUAAUUAGUAUUACUUCUAGCAUGCACGAAGAUAUGCGUUUAGUGAGAGUAACAAGUAGUCACGUUAUUGGAAAUUUAACAAAUCAAGAAUUAUGCAUUGCUACACUUGCAGUUGAUGAAUUAUCAAAAGAUUUAAAGUUACCUCACGAUCUUACUCCUUACAGUCAAAAUAUUCUACCAUCUGAAGAUCAACAUCAAGCUACACCUAUUGUUCAAUGGCAUAUGUUAUAUGAAAACAGUAACAUUGAAUCUCUUGUGUUAUAUAUUUCUCUGAGCUUAGGACACAGAUGGUCCUGUCCAAUUAAAAUAGAUCAAACCAUGAGUCGUAAGUGUGUUGCUAUUCCAAAUGGCUCUACUACUAUGUCAGUAGUACUAACUAUUCAAGAAGACAAAGGUACAUCAUAUAUUAUGGUACAUAUUGAUAACCAUCCUCAACUAUUGCUAGAAAAUAUGUGUCCCUAUAAACUUUUAUUGGGACAAGCUAAUGAGAAUGUAGAUGGAAUUGUAUUAGAUGCACCACAUUUUACAUGGAUCUGUGAAGUGGAAACUGGUGCUACGUGUCAUUAUUCUCUUCCAUGCAUUGGUAACCGAUUACCUGAUACUCCUGCACCAACUACAUCUAAUAUAUUAUUAUUAUCUGCAUUACCUAAUACAUAUAACAAUGAAGCAAUACAACGAAAGGAAUUGCAAUGGUCACGCGGCAUUAGUCUGUCUGCAUUGACAAAUAUACCUAUGGAUCAUUAUGUUCGAUUACCUUCUUAUGGAGAUGUUAAAUUAAUCAUGCACAAUCGUUGCUAUACUACACAUAUUACUGUCGUUCCUAUCUCACAAAUAGAAGUGUCUGCUAGAGAUAUCAGAAAUCGAUUAAUGCGCAAGGAACAUAAAUUGAAAGAAGUGGAAAUAAUUCCAAAGAAUUUUAAAACUUUAAUAGAAGAUAAUCAAGAUUUUCUUAACAUACAAUAUUCUAGUAGCUCAACAUCAGCAACUAGUUUUUUCUCAGCACAAGAGGAUGUUCCAGCAACAAAUUCUUCUAUAUCGUCGUCGCAAACAAAUUUAAAAUUAUUAAUUCCUCACGAAAGUAGCAAUAAAAAUCAUGAUGAAUAUCAAGUUAAAACAAUAAAUGAAUCAAACGCAACGGUAAAUAACAGAGAAGGUUCAGCAACUAUUUAUUUUCAUGGAAUUACUAUUAUUAUAUUGAAAGAUAUUAAUGAGAUUGGUCAAAAGACUGAAGUAGCAAGUUUGUCUAUGACAGAUUUAAUUGUUACUUUACACGCAAAACCUACUCUUGUUAACUUUUGUAUAUGUAUAGGAGAUUUACAAUUAGAUAAUCAAGUAUUUGAUCAAGGAGGUUUUGAUUUUCCAGUAGUAUUAAUCAGUCAAAGUCCACUUACAACAAGAGAAACAUUUUAUCCAUCUAAUUGUUUAAUAAAUAAUAUGGAACAAAUUAAAGAAAAUUCUUUGAUAACUGCUGAUUACAUUUGGGAGAAAAAUGGACAAAUAAUAGUGUCAAAGGAGUUGCACUUAAAAAUUGCACCUAUUAGUGCUUAUAUUGAAGAUACAUAUAUUAGUCAUUUAUUAGAUUAUGCAAAUUCUAUGAUACCACCACGGUUUAGUUCUCCAACUAGUAUGUUAAAAAAGACUCAACCAGUAUUAACAUCAACAACUAUUUAUGUAUCAGAUUAUAUCAUGAUCGAUGCCAAAAUAUUAAGCGUGCCAUUAAGAUUACAACAUUUUACAAUAGAUCCAGUAUCAAUUUUACUCAGUGUACAUACAUCUGUACGCUUAUAUGUGGCAUUGGAUCAUUCACCAUUAUAUUUUAGUACUUUUGAAAGGAAAAAUAUUUUAACUACAACGUAUAGACUAGGGAAUGCACUUACUAUGCAUUAUUUAUCUGGAGCUAUAUUUGGCGCUGGUUGGGUAGUUGGAUCCUUAGAAAUACUUGGAUCACCUGGAGGUUUAGCUCAAGCACUUGGUUCAGGUCUUAGAGAUUUUGUUUCUCUUCCAUUUCAAGGCUUGUUGCAAGGACCUUGGGGUUUUAUUGUUGGCAUAACACAUGGAUCUGCUAGUUUAAUGAAACAUAUCACAGCAGGUACAGUUAAUUCGGUGACAAAAUUAGCGUCUAGUGUUGCUCGAAAUUUGGAUAGAUUAACACUAGAUGAAGAACAUCUUCAACGUCAGGAAGAAGCCAGAAGAAUGCGCCCACAGGGUAUGGCACAAGGACUUUAUCAAGGAUUAACUGGAUUUGGUAUGAGUAUCCUUGCUGCUGUUGCUGGAUUGGCACAUCAUCCUUUACAACAGGUAUUGUCAGGUGAAGCAACAACUAAAAGUUUAGUUACAGGAGUUGGACUUGGAUUAGUUGGUGUAGUAACAAAACCUCUUAGUGGAGCUGCUGAAUUAGUUGCUCUUACUGGACAAGGCUUGUUACAAGGCGCAGGAUGGAAUUCUUUACCUUUGCCUCGACAACAUCCAAUCGUUCAAUAUAGUACUGGUAAUAAUAAUGCAUCAAUUCGAUAUGCAUGGCGUUUACUACCAUUAUUAGAAAAUUGUGACAAUAUUCUGCAUGUAACUAAUGCAGAUUACGUUUUACAACAAGGAAGUAAUCGUGCUGUAACUUUAGUUCUUACACGACAAGCAUUAUUACUUGUUAAUAUAGCUGAAGACAGUGUGGAAAAGAUAUUGCCUUUGAAAGAAUUAACCAGUAUUGAUCAUUCUUCAGAAUCAACGAUGCUUUGUUUAUAUUGUCCUCCAGCAACAACGCAAACUAGUAGAGCCUUAUCACCCACUGAACAUGAAAUGGACCAAGAAAUGAGGGCAAGAGUUGCAGAAUAUGUACGUACGAGCAGUACUGGUUUAGCUAGUUUAUCUACUAAUAGUGAUGAACAAUCUGAUAUUUUAGAAUCAUCUACAACAAAUUCAGAACAUACAUUUACCUUUUAUGUUUGUCCAGAAACACGUAAUUAUUUAUUAUCUCUUUUUAAUAUCGCUAAACGACAAAGUCAAGGUAGCGGAUUUACUGUGUUAUAAAUGAUUGAAAAUGAAAAAAUGAUGAAAAGUAAUUUUAAAUAAAAAUGUUAUCACACUCGUGAAAAUUUAAUACUGUGAAGAUUUUUUUUUAUUAAAAAUAUAAAAGUUUAUAUUAUCAAUACAAUAUGAAUAAUCUUUCUGAAUUAUU